AUGAUUCGAAACCCUUUUAUCGUUAAAAUCAAUGAGGUACCUGAUAAUAACCAGGAAGAUUUGAUAGAGUUACAAAACGAUCGAAACUGUAAGGAUACGUUUGAAUCUGGCAUGAAUAUCGAAGAGUUUUGGUGUAAAAAAGCGAUUGCGUACCCUAAACUUCGAGAAAUCGCAUUAAGAUAUUUAGUCAUGUUUUCGAAAACUUAUUUGUGCGAACAAGGAUUUUCUGGACUACUCUACAUUAAAAAUAAACAGAGAAAUCGGUUGGACGCCACUAAAGACUUCCGUGUAGCUUUGAGCAGUAUCAACCCAAGAAUAUCUUUAUUAGUGAACGAGACACAAGCACAAAAAUCACAUUAA